AUGAUGUCGACGGUGGACAACGGAUCGACAGAGGGACUCUCAAGACACGGUCGUCGUUUGAGCCCGUUGAUGAAUGCAACGUCAAACCGAAGUGGCAGGUCUACUCAUAAUUUAUGCUGUUUGCUUCUACAGCCCUUCAGAGGACUUGCAGCGUUUCGAUGUUCCAAGAUUUUGCCGUGUAGUUUAUAUCCUAGGAAUACAGAAGAGGCUGCAGACGACGUAGAUGUACCUUGGGUCAAAGAAGGUAUACCGCGCCCUAACUUUCCCUUCACUUCAGAUCCUGGCAUAAAAGUUCCUGAUAUUAGCUCGGAUAAUAUUUUGGAGAUAUUUGAGUUAUUCAUGGAUCAGCAUUUGACAAACCUUGUAGUAGAAGAAACAAAUAGGUAA